CUGACAGACUGCUGGGAGUGUUUUGGCUCUGAUUUCCUUGUGAUAGCCGAGAACACUCCAUUUUUCACUUCCCUUUUAAUGAAGCUGCGUGAAUAACCCCCUCCAGGAACCUUGUCAAGAAACUGAACACACUACAGAGAAUGAGGACAAUGGCAGCGGCAGGUCGGGUCACCUUGCUGACUGCACUGUUGUCUCUGGCAUCUGUUGUGGCACGCAACCACAGAGGGGACGUUGACACCUUCCGUGUGAGUGCUGGCCAUUUAUUUCUGCUGAAGUGCUACACAGCUAAGGCUCAUGACAAUGUGAUCUGGAGCAGAGGGGAGGGUGAAAGUCAGAACCUGCCCGCCGGAGUGGAAGUCAGGGACAAGUUACUGUGGUUCCUGCCUGCCCAGAUAUCCCAUAAUGGACCUUACACCUGUGAGAAAAGGAAUCAGUCAGGAGCGUUAUUGCUGAGGCUAAGAUUUUGGGUGUCAGUAUCCAGUGAAGAAUGCCCCGAAACAGUCGAGAAUAUAUCCAUCACAAAGGGAGUCAGCGAAAGCCUUCCCUGCAAACAGAAUGAAAUCUUCAGACUGAAUAGCAAACUGAGUGUACGAUGGAUGAAGGACUGCAGUCCUGUUCAGCGGCAAGGGGAGCCCAUCUCUGUGGAUAAACAAGGCAACAUGAGGCUUCCUCAAGCUUCAGAGGAGGAUAACGGGAAAUACACCUGUCUGAUAGACGUUAGCUUGAAUGGCAGGAAAUAUAACGCUUCGCGCAGCAUCCUGUUGACUGUUAAAGAUGACACCCAUGAGCGAAUUUUUGUAGGGCCCCAGCUGGUGACCCCCGAAGAGCAAGAGAUCACAGUUAAAGUAGGUUUGAGAGCGGAGCUGCAGUGUUUAGCCUACAUAGGCUUCAGUGAGGAUAAUGAGACUCUCAUGUACUGGACUUUUGACAACAAUUACAUUGAGGACAUCAAGGAGAUCAGUGAGUCCGAGAAAAUUAUUCAUGAAGGAGGCAAAGUGUACGCACUGUCUAUUCUGUCUAUUCCUAAAGUUCAUGGCAAGUUCCUGAAUGUCCCAUUUGAGUGCCAUUUAGACAGCCUAGCAGGAGAACAAACCAGCAUGAUAAAGCUUAAAGAAGCUAACCACAGUUCCUUCUACAUGAGUUUGGCUCUCUGCCUCUCUGCGUCCCUGGCUGUUCUGGUCUUGGCUGCUUGCUUCUUCUUCUUCAGAGUACACCUGAUAUUAGCCUACAGGAAUCUGUUGGCACAUUUUCCCAAACAACAAGUUCCAGAUGGGAAGCUCUAUGAUGCCUAUGUGAGUUUCCUCCAUUAUAACACCAUGAGUUCAGACGAGGUGGCGAGCUUUGCCAUGCAGAUCCUACCUGAGAAGCUGGAGGAACAAUAUGGUUAUGCCCUGUUUAUCAGAGGACGGGAUGACUGCCCUGGAGAAGCAAUGCAUGAGACAACUGCUGGUAUAAUGCAACAAUGCCGCAGACUGAUUAUCAUCUUGUCAUCUGAGGGAAAGACAGAGGGAACAACUUCCUUACAUGACAACCAAAGCCAGCUGUGGUAUGAGCAGAAAAUUGGUCUUUAUGAUGCUUUGACCAAGAAUGACCUCAGAGUAAUUCUGGUCGAAAUUGGUGGUCCAGUGGAUUAUAGUCACUUGCCAGAAUCUCUGCGUUAUAUUAAGAGGAAACAAGGAGCUCUGAAAUGGAACAAGCACUUUUUUGGAACGCACAAACUCUCAGAAUUACAUUCAAAAGGAAACUUUUGGAAAAAUCUCAGGUACCACAUGCCCCCAGUGCCUGCAAGAAGACUACAGACUAUUGUCUGAACAGUAUCUUAAAGUGUUACAAAUACGAUCCAACUUACUCAUUUUGCUCACAUCAGGCCUGUUUUUUGGAGCACUUUAAAUUUUGAUACAUGGAAACUUUAACGCUGAUUUUUUUUUAACACUGAAUGGGACUACUGUAAGCAUGCCUGAUCAACUGACCAGCUCAAUGAAUUUUACAUGUGCAGCAAGGAUGAAGAACAUCUAUUGGGUUUUUCUAUGGGUGCAAAGUGGAAAUACUCAUUUAAGCACUCUCAGAUCAUAUUCAUCCUGAGUUUGUACUUUAUACCAGUAUAUUUUUGUACAUUUGAAUUGUAUUUUUUUCACAGCAUCUCAGAAUAAUCGCCUAAAACCAUUUUUCAGGUUUUCAGAAAACACAAAGUACUGAGCCAAACACUGAAAAUAUGAUGAUUUAAAUGGAAAAAACCCUGAACGGGAAAAAAAAAAAAAAAAGAUUUAAGCUAUUAUUUUAGGAAGGUGACAAUAUGGUAUAAGCCAACAUGCUCAGGCAGGCUAGCAAUGUCAAAGUUUGCACUUUUUCUUUAAAGAAGAGAGGAGGCUUUGUAACUAUUUAAAAGGAUUUUUACUGACAAGAUAGCUGAUUUGUGGGAUAAACAUGUGUUUUUCUGACCUAGAAACUGUUACAAUCCUGUAUUUAUGUUAUUUAAGUAUUUGUGACACCUCAUUAUUAUUAUAU